GACUUGUGUGCGGAUGAUCAUGACAGAUAAGAAACGGGGUCGGCUUACCUAAUUGCCUGUUGACUUGUUAUGGGAUUUAAACUCAAUUUCCAUUCCAACACUAUCUCCGGCUAAACCAGACCUAUGGUAAAGAGAAGGUUGUGUGAUUUCUAAUGGUCAACAUGUUGAUAGAUACUGAAUGAGUCGUGAUCAGCAAGUAAUUCUGAUUUUAGCCCAUCAAGCUCCCUCCCCUACCUUCAUUAUUUUUUUCGGCAUGCUUCUCUGUUUGCAGUGCUAAAAGAUUUCAUUCAUGUUUCUGAAAGUCUUCCUCCUCCUCCUCCUCUUAAAUCUUGGAGCCUCAGCUGAAGAUAGCUUCAUUUACAAUGGAUUCAGCAGCGCCAACUUAAUCCUCGAUGGCAUCGCUUCGAUCACAUCCAACGGCCUCCUCGAGAUGACCAACACAACAUUAAACAUGAAGGGCCACGCCUUUCGUCCGAAACCUUUUCGGUUCAAGUCUCCAACGGGUAAAACUCUCUCUUUUUCAACCACUUUUGUGUUUGCAAUUCGCUCUGAUAUCUCGGAUCUAAGCGGCCAAGGAAUAGCCUUCGUUGUGUCUCGAACCACUGAUUUCUCUGCUGAUACAGCCCCAAGCCAGUUUCUUGGGCUCUUCACUCCCAAAAACAAUGGCAAUUCGAGCAAUCACAUCUUUGCCAUUGAGCUCGACACUUUACAGAACCCCGAGUUUCGAGAUAUCAACGAUAACCAUGUUGGAAUCGAUAUCAAUAGCUUGAUCUCUAACCAGUCCCUUCCUGCUGGUUAUUAUGAAGAUGGUACUGGUUCAUUUCAGAAUUUGACUCUAAUCAGUGGCAAGCCGAUGCAAGUUUGGGUAGAUUUUGAUGGAGAUAAAAUGCAAAUAAAUGUUACAUUAUCUCCAAUGGGAAUGCCUAAACCUAUUAAGCCUCUUCUAUCUGAUAUCGUUGACCUUUCGAGCUUGAUUCUCGACAAUAUGUAUGUCGGUUUCUCUGCAGCAGACGGUCCUUUUCGUACUCACCAUUAUGUUCUUGGAUGGAGCUUUAAAAUGAAUGGAGCACCAGACCCACUUGAUUAUAAAAAACUUCCUGAACUUCCUGCCAUCAAAACAAAUAGCAAGUCAAAGACUUUGGCGUUAUGGCUGCCUAUAUCUUUGAGCUUGUUUCUUCUAUUAGCUGUUGCUGCAACUUUGCUGAUAGUGAGAAGAAGGGCGAAAUACGCUGAGAUACAUGAGGAUUGGGAACAAGAAUACGGGCCUCAUCGAUUCAAAUACAAAGUCUUGUACCAGGCGACCAAUGGAUUCAAAGAAAGAGAGUUACUGGGCAGUGGAGGCUUUGGUAGAGUCUACAAAGGAGUUUUACCUGAUUCAAACAUUGAGCUUGCAGUGAAGAAAAUCUCCCAUGAUUCAAGACAAGGAAUGAGAGAGUUUGUAGCAGAAAUCGUUAGCAUUGGUCAGUUACGCCAUCGAAACCUCGUUCAGCUCUUAGGCUACUGCCGUCGCAAAGGUGAGCUCAUCUUGGUCUACGAUUUCAUGCCUAAUGGUAGUCUAGACAAAUUCUUAUAUGACCAGACCAAGCCAACCCUCAAUUGGGCUCAGAGGUUUCGAAUCAUCAAGGGAGUUGCCUCCGGUCUUUUAUACCUACACGAAGAUUGGGAGCAAGUUGUGGUUCAUAGAGACAUAAAGGCUAGCAACGUGUUGUUAGAUAGAGAAUUAAACGGACGACUUGGGGAUUUUGGCCUCGCAAGGUUAUAUGAUCGGGGGACUGAUCCUCAAACGACGCACGUAGUCGGAACAAUGGGCUAUCUUGCGCCAGAGCUUACUAUGAACGGUAAAGCUACAACCGUGACCGAUGUUUUUGCAUUCGGUACUUUUAUGCUUGAAGUUGUUUGUGGGAGGAGGCCAAUCAUGCCUCAUUGCGUCGGCGAGGAUUUGAUUCUUGUGGAUUGGGUCUAUGAGAAUUUUCGAAGGGGGUUGCUGAUCGAAACAAUGGACCCGAGGUUGGGGGAUGAGUACUCCGUCCAUGAGGUGGAGUUAGUUUUGAAACUCGGGUUGUUAUGUGCACAUCCAGUUCCUGCAUCGAGACCAAGUAUGCGACAAGUGAUGCAGAUUUUGGAUGGUGACGUAGAAAUGCCUGAAUUGGUGCCGAGUUCUCUGAGCUUUAACACUCUCUCUUUGUAUCAGAAUGUAGGGUUUGAUAAUUACCUUAUGUCUCUUACUUCGUCCGCGGGUACCAUUACCUCUGGGCCGACCGGUCGAUGAUUUUAGUUUUAUAGGUGGGAUUGUUUUCUUCUUUCUUUCUUUCUUUUCCCCUCUCUUUUGAGUGUAAAUUGAAGUUAUAGAGUGAUUGUAACUUAUAAAGUCUUUUUGUUUAUAUUUUUGUAAGAUACUGAGUGUAGAUGGUUUUGAGGCGGCAA